CGUCGCUGUGUGCCAAACACCCGCAAAGUUCGAGGCUGCAGACAUUCCUACAGAAAUAACUGGCGAUGUUUGUCAGCCCGUUGUUCGAUACCUUCCUGCAACCUCUAAGUGCUUGAGUCAACGCCAUUGGUCGAAACCGAAUGAUGCUCCCUGUCGAUUGCGCAUAGCUACGUAACCACGACAGCUGAAAUGUGUAGACCAGGCGCAGAGUCCUACGCUCGACCUUCGCCUCCUUUGAACAAUCUCGAGUCAGAUAUGUUCUUCUCUGCUCUGCUUCAUCUUCCAUCUACUUCAGUCAGUUAAGCGCGAAGUGACGUCUCCAUUAAUGAAUCAUGGCGCCUAGUGAGAAAGACAGGCAAUGCACCCCGACCGUUCGACCGGCGCCCAGAAAUCGAAUCUGGGGUUGCCGCCCAUCGACCCUCCUACUUUCCCUGGCUUUCGUUUGGAUCGUACGAUAUUCCGUCACCAUCAAUUGGCAUGCCUUGCGCUCAACGGGAGAUCUCCCUGCCCAUGUUCCUGAUGAUGGAGGCAUCCACUGGGAUAAAAUUGAGCCACAUGAGAAACUUCAGUGGCACCCGUGCUUCUCUGCUGCUGCAUACCUUUUGAGGUGUGCCCGACUUACUGUCCCUAUGGACUACCACCGACCGCUCAAUGAGUCGGCCGACCACCCCAAGGUUUACAUUGCCCUUGUGUUGGCUCCGGGGCAAGGGCGCACCGAUGACCCAGCGUCCUAUGCGGAAUCGCCGCUGCUCGUCAAUCCCGGGGGGCCCGGUGGAAGUGGAACAAUGUUCGUCGCCGCCGCCGCUCCGAUGCUCGCCGGAAUCGUCGGCAGAAACCACGAUAUAAUCGGCUUCGAUCCCCGUGGCGUUGGAGCGACAUUGCCCAAGGCUGACUGUUUCGAAGUGUCCGAGAAUUGGUCGGGCGUUGAUGACCGUAAUACUGCCCUCAUGAACAGGCUUGCCUGGUCCUUAUCAGGGCAUGACGUUGGUCUCGUCAACUCGAGCAACGUCGCAAUUGGAAAGAUCGAUGUUCGAUCCAGGGCCGCGGCGCAACAGUGCAAAAACGUUUCCGACCGCUACGGCAAUAAUAGCAUAUUUCAGUAUGCUAAUACUGCCAAUGGUGCUAGAGACAUGCUUUCCAUCGUCCAUGCUUGGGAUGAGUGGAGAUCGACGGGGCAUGAUGCCAAACCCGCCAAGCCUACUAAGCCUACCAAGCCUACAGAGUCUGCGCGCCAUGCGGAAGUCAAGAUGCCGUCCCAUCUACAAGAGAUGAACUCCGCAUCGGAAUCGACGUCUGCUGUGACCACCCAAGGAAAGCUUGUUUAUUGGGGUUUUAGUUAUGGCACUCUUCUCGGAGCAACGUUCGCUGCCAUGUUUCCCGACAAAGUCGGACGAGUCAUCUUGGAUGGCGUCGUCGAUGCUGACCACUACGUAGAGCCUGUCUGGAUGGACAGCCUCCUCGAUGCCGACAAGAUAUGGGAUAGUUUCUUCAGUUACUGCCACGAGGCCGGCCCGAGAUGUGCUCUUUAUCGCCUUGGUGAUUCUUCAACGGACAUUAAGAAUCGCCACAGCGAGAUCAUGGCAUCUUUGGAUAAAGAGCCGAGAAUUGUGCUACAUCCGCAAGUCAACCUCCCGGUCAUCUUGACCGCGAGCGACAUAAAAAUGGUCCUUUUCCAAUCCCUCUACUCCCCUAUCGUUUCGUACCCUGCGAUAGCAGACCUGUUGAAUAUGAUUUUAAAAAAUCGCGAUCUGCACCGUUUUACCAUGCCGCCAACAUUACCCGCCUACUGCCGCAAUAUAUCGUUGCCUAUCUGGCCGGACGAUGCCCAAAGAGCAGUUAUGUGCGGUGACAAGCGAUAUACGAUGAACGAAACAUUGCCCGAACUCCAAAAACGUUUCGAGGACUUGGCCUCGUAUUCUUCUUUUGCUGACGUCUGGAUGAGCCUCAUGAUGGGCUGCAACAGUUGGGACAUAGAAGCAAAAGACCCACCGAUGCGCUGGGAUGACCACCCGGCCCAUAGACCCGCACCGAUCGAGACUGACUUCCCUUUGCUCUUCCUGUCUAGCCAUCUCGAUCCCGUGACACCCCUACACGCCGCUCUGAAAAUGACCCGCAAGUUCGUUAAUGCGAGCAUCGUCGAGCAACAAUCAUCGGGGCAUUGCUCCGUCUCGUGUACCUCGAUCUGCACCAUCAAGCACAUCCGCGCCUACCUGAAUCAAGGCAAACUGCCUCCCGCACCGGAUUUCACCGGCCCGGAUGAGGGGACCUGGACCACGUGCGACUGUGAUGAGAAGCCCUGGAAACAGAUCCGGCCUCAGUACCACCGCGGACAUUCUACUGCAGACGAAAAGCUGGACUGGCUUGAUAAUGGAGACGAGUUGAAGGUAGAAGAACUACUUCGGGAGCAUUCUGAGGAUGAGGUCGAGUGGUUGCAGAACUGGAGCAGCUUCCGUGCUCUGAUGUUCGGGAAGUUCUCGAAUGAGCAGCUUGAUGGCUAUCAAGCGUUUAGGAAUAUUUUGCUUCAGGCGCCAUUUAGGGAUCUUAGACAUCGUGAUACCGAUACUGGGACGGAUGGUGAGUGUGAGUGCAAGGCAGACGGGACAGAGCCUCGUUUGGAGUGAAAGCUGUGGUUAGAUUCUACACUGCAAGGCAUAUUAAUCCUAAUGCGGGCAGCUGCAAGUCGUCAUGCACGUCUGUCCAAUGACAGUCAUGCUUAAUAGCAUUUAAUCGAUUUCAGACAUGAUGCGUGAGGAACUAGCAUCAGUUGGAAAUGCGUUGCGUUCAACACCGUCCAGACAAGCCAGGCAGCCAGGUAGCCAGUCAUCCGUCGUAAUAAACUUCUCACAGUCGAGUCACAAGACGGCUGAGAAGCAUAUGAG